CUCAAUUCUAAGGUAAAACCCUCCCAGACUCGCAUGUCCAGAUUCGGACUUAAAACCCUAGAAAUGUCCUCCAUCGCCACACGCCACAUCCGUCGUCUAUCGACGGCAGCCACCGCCACCGCCACCGCAACCGCUGCUGCCAAGGCCACAGCAACGACGUCCUCUUCAAUAUCCAUUUCAAAAGCGAAAUCUAAACUAAGAACAGAGUAUGAUCCAGAUAAAGCUCUGAACAUUUACUCUUCUGUUUCCAGUCACUACACUUCCCCUGUCUCCUCUCGCUAUGCUCAGGAACUCACUAUUCGGCGCCUUGCAAAGUCUCGUCGAUUCGAUGACAUUGAAUCCCUGAUCGAAUCCCAUAAAAAUGACCCAAAGAUCACUCAGGAGCCCUUUUUGUCCACCUUGAUUCGAUCCUACGGUCAAGCUGGUAUGUUCGAGCACGCUAUGAGGACUUAUAAUCAGAUGGAAGAUUUCGGCACUCCUCGAUCGGUGAUUUCCUUCAAUGCGCUAUUGUGUGCAUUUAACCAUUCGAAGCAAUUCGACAAAGUUCCUCAACUGUUCGAUGAAAUUCCGAAGAAAUACAAUUUCUCUCCCAAUAAGAUCUCGUACGGGAUCCUGGUCAAAUCCUAUUGCGAAUCCGGUUCUCCUGAGAAGGCCAUGCAAAUUGUAAGGGAAAUGGAGGAAAACGAUGUGGAGGUUACUGCGGUGACAUUCACAACCAUUUUAGAUGCUCUGUACAAGAAGGGUGAGAGCGAAGAGGCAGAGAAAAUCUGGAACAAGAUGAUAUCAAAAGGGUGUGAACUCGAUGUAGGGGCCUAUAACGUAAGAUUGAUGCACGAGCACGGCGGCAAGCCAGAACACGUUGAAGCAUUGAUCGAGGAAAUGGCUAAUUCAGGUAUGAAACCCGACACCAUUAGCUAUAAUUACUUAAUGACUUGUUAUUGCAAGAAUGGGAUGAUUGAUGAAGCAAAGAAGGUGUAUGAUGAUAUGGAGAUAAAUGGGUGUAACAAGAACGCUGCAACUUUUAGGACAUUUAUGUAUUACCUCUGUAGAAAUGGAGAUUAUGAAAAAGGGUAUAUGGUUUUCAAGGAGAGUGUGAAGGUUCAUAAGAUUCCUGAUGUUAACACAGUGAAGUAUUUGGUGGAGGGGCUAAUGGAGAAGAAGAAGAUGAAAGAGGCCAAGGGUUUAAUCAGGACCAUAAGGAAGAAGUUCCCUCCUGAUUCUUUGAAGACCUGGAGAAAAGUUGAGGAGGCUCUUGGUUUGGCUUCUUCUUCUGCUUCUUCUUCUUCUUCUUCUCCUGCUUUCACCUUUGGGAUUUCAGGUUCCGCCUUCUCCGACCCGUUUCAGGUUGCCGGAGCCGCUGAUUCUACCGACCAGCCUUUUCAUUUCUCAAAUUUGGAGCACCCUUCCACCGGGUUUAGAUUCUUCCCUAAUUUUGGCGGCGGUGGUGGUGGAGAGUUUGAAUCUGAUGAAUGGAUGGACAGUUUAGUCGGCGGUAGAGAUUCCACGGAUAGCUCUGAUCUUCCGUCUGGUUGUGAUGAUUAUGGUGAGUUUGGUCUAUAUGGUGCGGAUCCCUUUAAUGGCUCUCCGCCGUCUCUGUUCUACCGAGAACUUCUCCCGGAAGGUUCGUACAAGACGAAUAGCGUUCUGCCCCCGUUGCCUUCAUCUCCACCACCAGUUAAGGAUGCUGAAGUAGCUAAUUCAAUGGCGGGGAGUCUGCAGAAGAAUAACGUCGUCGAAAGCUCGUCUAGUGCGCCGGAAAUCGACUCCUCUUCGCCGCCGCUUCUGAAAGUCUUGCUCGAUUGUGCGCGGCUUUGCGAUUCUGAACCUGACCGAGCAGUAAAAACUCUUAAUCGGAUCAGUAAAUCGUUACGAGAACAUGGAGAUCCUGUUGAACGAGUUGCGUUUCACUUCGGUGAGGCUCUUCGGAGCAGAUUAUCUCCGACGGCAAUGAAGAACUGCUUGGUUACAAAUGAUGGCGACGCUAAUUCCGAAGAUUUCUUGCUCUCUUACAAAGCUUUGAACGAUGCCUGUCCUUACUCGAAGUUCGCACAUCUCACGGCCAACCAAGCGAUUCUGGAAGCUACACAGACAGCCAGUAAAAUUCACAUUGUCGACUUCGGAAUCGCUCAGGGCGUUCAAUGGGCUGCGCUUCUGCAGGCUUUAGCCACGCGAGCCACCGGAAAGCCUAUCAAAGUUCGUAUCUCCGGAAUACCCGCACCAUCUCUCGGAGAUUCACCGGCGGCAUCUCUAUGCGCCACUGGCAACAGACUCUCCGAGUUUGCAAAGCUUCUGGAACUGAAUUUUGAGUUCGAACCGAUUCUAACGCCGAUUGAGGACCUAAACGAAUCGAGCUUCCGCGUUCAAUCGGAUGAGGUGUUGGCCGUCAAUUUCAUGCUUCAAUUGUACAAUCUCCUCGACGAGGUUCCGACUGUAGUUCAUAAUGCUCUCUUAUUAGCGAAAUCGCUGAGCCCUAAAAUAUUGACUCUCGGUGAGUACGAGGCGAGCUUGAACAGAGUCGAAUUCUACAAUCGCUUCAAGAACGCAUUAAAAUUCUACUCCGCCAUUUUCGAAUCGCUAGAGCCAAACUUGCCGCGAGACUCUCCAGAAAGACACCAGUUAGAGAAACAGUUACUCGGCCGUCGAAUCGCUGGCGUAGUUGGAUCUGAAGAAGAAUCAGGAAGCAAGAGAAGAAGAGUACGCAUGGAAGCCAAAGAACAAUGGAAGAAUUUGCUGGAAAGCUCCGGAUUCAAACCUGUAGCACUCAGCCAUUACGCCAUUAGUCAAGCGAAAAUACUUUUAUGGAACUACAAUUACAGUUCUCUUUACACACUGAUCGAAUCGACGCCAGAGUUUCUGUCUCUAGCAUGGAACGACGUUCCUCUCUUAACUGUAUCUUCUUGGCGUUGAUCGAUCGGCUUCUUUCCUUUCUUCUUCGUUGUUGGUGAUAACCAGUUUCGAUCUGCCAGGUCUUUUUCACUGGUAUGGUAUGGGACUGAAAACGAAUGCAAAAACAAAUAUCAAAUUGCAGUAUGGAAGACGCCAUUGCCAGAAAUUUCAAAAGCUCUUGUGUUCAAAAUCUGAAAAGGAAAACAGUGGCUCUUUAGUCUUUGAUUCAAACCCUAAUUUGUCGCAGGCAGAAGGAUCAUUCAGUGGGCGCCAUUGCCGACCUUUGGAGAUACCCAUUUUCGGUUCUGAGAUUUCGUUCUUAUUUCUUUGUAACUCCCUCUCUAAGUUUCGGAGUUAAUUAGGGCAAUAUUGUAAUUAUC